ACGUUCGAGGACCUUGACUAUGCGUAUUUCGAAUUAUUCAUCUGCGCUGCAACACACAAACCACUGCCCAGAAAAAAUAAUUGAUAACUUCUUCUGCUCAAGUCGGAUCGGAAGGCCAACUUGUGCAUAAUUUGUUGCUGGUCUGAUCUGAACCGAUAGCUCCUCCAGUAUCGAUUAAUGGAUGCCAGGAAAGCCCAUAAAGCCUCCUCUUCAUCCUCACCAUCCUCCUCAUCAAAACGUUGGAAGUACGACGUGUUCUUGAGCUUCAGAGGUGAAGACACACGCAAGGGCUUCACAGGCCACCUCCACGCCGCAUUAUCUGGUGACGGAUUCCGCGGCUUUCUUGAUGACAACGAGCUAAAAAGGGCGGAAUUUAUAAAAACCCAACUGGAGCAGGCAAUCGACGGGUCCAUGAUCUCCAUAAUUGUCUUCUCCAAGAGGUAUGCCGAUUCCAGUUGGUGUCUUGAUGAGCUGGUGAAGAUCAUGGAGUGUAGAGAAAGAUUGGGGCAAAAGGUUUUUCCAUUGUUCUAUAAUGUUGAUGCUUCGGAUGUCCGGAAACAAACUGGUAGUUUUGCACAAGCAUUUGAGAAACAUGAAGCGGGCAAACAUGAGAAAGAAAAGGUACAGCGAUGGAGAAAUGCUCUCAGUCAAGCAGCAGAUUUGUGUGGGGAAGAUCUUAAAAAUGCUGACAAUGGGCAUGAAGCAAAGUUUAUCAACAAAAUUCUUGGGGUGGUUAAUAAGCUGUUGGACAUCAAAUCCCAAUUAGACAUCAAACACCCUGUUGGAAUUACUUCUCGGGUGAAGGCUUUGAGUAAUCACUUACAUAUUGAAAAUUCAGGUUCUAAGGAUGAUGUUCGCAUGAUCGGUAUUUGGGGGAUGGGCGGCAUUGGGAAAACAACGCUUGCCAAAGCCAUUUAUAACGAAUUUGAGCGUAGCUUUGAAGGUAGGAGUUUCCUUGAAAACGUGAGGGAAGUAAUUGCAAACCAACCAAUGGGUCUGGUUCGUUUGCAAAAACAACUUCUAAAUGAUAUCUUGAAAAGCGAGGGCGUAAACGUUGACUCUGUUCUUAAAGGGAUCGAGAUGAUAAGAAGAAGACUUCCCUGUAAAAGAGCACUUGUCAUAAUUGACGAUGCAGAUGAUCUACACCAACUAGAAGCAAUAGCUGGAGCUCGUGAUUGGUUUGGCCCUGGAAGUAGAAUUCUUAUAACAACAAGAAAUCAACAUUUGCUACAGCAAGUUGGAGUGGAUGGCACAUAUAUCGCUGAAAAAAUGGAUGAGGAAGAAGCUCUAGAGUUCUUUAGUUGGCAUGCCUUCAAAAGACGUUAUCCUGAUCAAGAAUACAUUGACCUCUCAAAACGUGUAAUUCGUUACUGUCAAGGCUUGCCACUAGCACUUCGAGUUGUUGGGUCUUUUCUGUUUAAUAGAUCCAUAGCGGAGUGGGAAAGCCAUUUGGAGAAGUUGCAAACAAGUCCUGAUGGAGAUAUUCAAAAAAUACUCAGAAUAAGCUUUGACGGGCUACCUGAUGAUACAACGAGAAAGAUAUUCCUUGAUAUAUCUUGUUUCUUUAUUGGAUAUGACAAGGACUAUGUAACAAAAAUAUUAGAUGGAUGUGGCUUUUAUGCAACGAUAGGAAUCAGUGUCCUCAUCGAACGGUGCCUUGUAACUGUUAGUGAGCAAAAGGAGCUGAUGAUGCAUGAUUUGCUUCGAGACAUGGGAAGAGAGAUCGUUUAUGAAAAUGCCCGCGGUCAUCCUGAAAAAUUUAGUAGAUUGUGGAAACGUGAAGACGUAACAGAUGUAUUGAGAGACAAAUCUGGAACUAAAAAAAUUGAAGGAGUUGCUCUACAUGGCUCUUACGGGCCUAGAUUCAGUGGACAAGCAUUUACCAACAUGAAAAAACUGACUAGAUUCAGUGCACAAGCAUUUACCAACUUGAAAAAACUGAGGUUACUCCGCCUCAGCGGAGUAGAGCUCACUGGAGAGUACAAAGAUUUUCCCAAAAAGUUAAUAUGGUUGUGCUGGCAUGGAUUCCCUUUAGAGUCCAUACGAGAUGACUUUCCUGUGCAACCAAAACUAGUUGCUUUAGACCUGCAGUAUAGCCAACUCAAAAUAGUUUGGAAGGAUUGCAAGUUGCAUCAGAAUUUGAAAAUCCUUAAUCUCAGCCAUUCCUAUGAGCUAACAAAAUCACCAGACUUUUCAAAACUCCCAAAUCUCGAGGAAUUGAUAUUGAAACGCUGUGAGAGUUUGUCUGAGGUUCACUCAUCCAUCGGGGAUCUUGGAAGACUUUCUUUGGUAAAUCUUGAAGGCUGCGUAAGCCUAAAGGAUCUUCCACUGAAUUUCUAUAAAUCCAAGUCUAUUGAAACUCUUCUACUUAAUUGGUGUUUAAGUUUUGAAAAGUUGGCUGAGGGCUUAGGGGACAUGGUAUCAUUGACAACUCUGAAAGCGGAUGUGACAGCCAUAAGACAAAUACCAUCUUCCAUAUUAAAAUUGAAGAAACUGAAAGUUUUAUCUUUAUGUGAUGUGAAAUGGUCGCCAUCAACAAAUCUUUUGCCUCCUUCAUUGCAUAGUUUAAGCUCUUUAAGAGAAUUAGCUCUUGCAAACUGUAGUUUAACUAAUGAUGCAGUCCCCAAGGAUCUCGGUAGCCUAAUUUCCUUAGAAAGGUUAGAUCUUGCAUGCAAUGACUUUUGCAGCCUACCAAGCCUCAGUCGUCUUUCAAAGCUUCAAGAUUUGUCUUUACAUAUGUGCAAAAAUCUUCGUGCAAUCCCAGAUUUACCAACAAAUUUGAAAGUCUUACGAGCAGAUGGCUGCAUUGCAUUGGAAAAAAUGCCAGAUUUUUCAGAAAUGUCAAAUAUAAGAGAAUUGUAUCUAAGUGGUUCGGACAAACUCACUGAGAUUCCAGGCCUGGAUAAGUCAUUAAACUCCAUGACAAGGAUUCAUAUGGAGAAGCAUGGCUGCACUAAUCUCACUGCUGAUUUUAGGAAGAACAUCCUACAGGGAUGGACUUCUUGCGGAUAUGGUGGCAUUUUUCUCAGUGGAAAUGAUAUUCCUGAUUGGUUCGACUAUGUCCAUGACGAUGAUAUUGUGUAUUUCACUGUGCCUCGAAGUGUUGGUCGUAAUUUUAAAGGGUUAACUUUGUCCUUCGUUUCCUCUCCAGUCUUUUUAAGUCGUCGUAGUAGCAUUAGCAUUAAAAACAUGACCAAGGGUGCUGAGCUUGAAGCCAGGAUCAUACCCGAUUGUCCAAUUGACGAGCUCAAUUACAAGCCAGGUUAUUAUCUUUGGCAGGGACAGUUAUCAAAUGACGAGCUCAAAUUGCAAGACGGUGAUAAAGUCUUGAUUGAAAUAAUAAUAGUGGACAAAUGGGUGAAGGUGAAGAAAACAGGUGUUAGUCUGGUAUGGGACAAAUUUAUGAACGAAAAUAUGAUUGAUUACCAUCUUUGUCGAUAUGAACGACGCCCAUCUCAAAAUCUGGUCAAUGAUGAUGACAUCAUUCAUGUCGAAAAUGAUAAUCACUUAAGAAAAUCACCAGACUUUUCAAAAUUCCCAAAUCUCGAGAAGUUGAUAUUGAAAGGUUGUAAGGAGUUGUAUAAGGUUCACUCAUCCAUCGGGGAUCUUGGAAGACUUUCUUUGGUAAAUCUUGAAGACUGCGAAAUGCUAAGGGAUCUCCCACUGAAUUUCUAUAAAUCCAAGUCUAUUGAAACUCUUAUACUGAAUGGUUGUUCAAGAUUUCAUAACUUGGCUGAUGGCUUAGGGGACAUGGUAUCAUUGACAAUUUUGAAAGCAGAUAACACGCGCAUCAGACAAAUUCCAUCUUCCAUAGUAAAAUUGAAGAAGUUGAGAAUUUUAUCUCUAUCUGGCUGCUGGUUAACUGAGGAUGCAAUCCCCAAGGACCUCGGUAGCCUAAUUUCCUUAGAAGAUCUGCUUCUUGAAGCCAAUAUUUUUCGUAGCCUGCCAAGGCUCGCUGGUCUUUCAAAGCUCAAGGUCUUGUGUGUAAAUGCAUGCAGAGAACUUCUUGCAAUCCCAGAUUUACCAACCAAUUUGUAUGUUCUGAAAGCAAAUGACUGCCCAGAAUUGGAAACAAUUCCAGAUUUUUCAAAAAUGUCGAACAUGAGAGAACUGUAUCUAAGUGAUUCGUUCAAACUCACUGAGGUUCCAGGCUUGGAUAAGUCAUUAAACUCCAUGACAAGGAUUCAUAUGGAAGGCUGCGCCAAUCUCACUGCGGAUUUUAGGAACAACAUCCUACAGAGAUGGACUUCUUGCGGAUUUGGUGGAAUUUAUUUGAAUGGAAUUUAUGAUAUUCCUGAGUGGUUCAAAAUCGUCAAUGAUGUGGGCAAUAUCGUCUUCUUUGAAGUUCCUCAAAGAAUCAUGGGUCGUGAUUUAAAAGGGUUGACUUUAUGCUUCGUUUACUCUUUUUCUGUUUUUGGCCGAGAACUUGAAGGUCCUAUUGGCAUUAUCGUUAGAAAUCUUACCAAACAAACUGCUUUGCACACCAAGAUAGCAUUUGCCAGAUACGGAAGACCUAAAAUCGAUUCGGGACAAUUGUCAAACGAUGUGCUCCAUUUGCAAGGCGGGGACCAAGUCUACAUUCUUGUAAGGCCUCUAGUUAAUUUUGUGAUAGUGAAGAAGACAGGGGUUCAUCUAGAAUGGGACAAAGUCAUGAAGGAAAAUAUGGAUAAUCUGGAUCCUCAUUUGUAUGAUUUGGAAACAAAUCGGGAUUUUUUGGCAGUGAAACCAUAUCUGUAAUUUUUGUGGGGAAUUGAUGAUGAGGCAAGACCAAGCCAUGACGCAUCUGUUCCCGGUGAUCAAGUGAGUGCUAUAGAUGAAGAAUCAACAGUGGAAGACGAUCCUCUCGGCCAUGGCGAUCUAUGUACUCGUUUGUCAUUGUUUAUCAUGGAAAAUCUGGAUUUUUCUGGAGGAGCUAAUGAUGGGGCAGGACGGAGCCAUGGCGCAUUUGUCCGCACUAAUCAAUUGGAUGCUGUAGAUAAACAAUUAGAAUGGGACAAAGUCAUGAAGGAAAAUAUGGAUAAUUCGGAUCCUCAUUUGUAUGAUUUGGAAACAAAUCGGGAUUUUUUGUCAUUGUCUAUCAUGGAAAAUCUGGAUUUUUCUGGAGGAGCUGAUUAGAGUCGGACGAAGUCAUGAAGGAAAAUAUGGAUGAUCCGGAUCCUCAUUUGUAUGAUUUGGAAACAAAUCGGGAUUUUUCAGGGGAGUUGAUGACGCAUUUGUUCCCAAUCAAACAAGUGUUAUACAUGCAUUUGUUCGGACUAAUCAAUUGAGUAAUGUGGAUGAACAAUUAGCAUUGGAGGAAGAAGAAGCCAUGAUGAAGCAGAGAGAAAUUGGAAUCUUGAUUUUUAAGCCCAAACAUGGAUCCCAAAAUAUAGAAAAAUCCUAUGCAAUCAAAAUUCUAUAAAACAGUCCAGUUGGACUAUUCAAUGGACUUACCAAUACAAACAACCCUUGAAAAUUAUACAA